ACGCCUGUCCUUGAAAACUCCAUUACCCAUCAUCCACCACCAUGGAGUGACGUCACGUUAUAGUUUUCAUCAGGAAGCGGAACCAUAAAAGUUGUUCCCCCUCGCCUUUGUUGUGUUAAACCCUCUGUUUUCUCGCCUGAGCUCGGCUUUUAAGGAAACAUUAUGAACCUUGAACGGAUUCCGAAUGAGGAGAAGCUUAGCCUCUGUAGAAGAUACUACUUGGGUGGCUUUGCUUUUCUCCCCUUCCUCUGGUUGGUGAACGUUCUGUGGUUUUUCAGAGAAGCGUUUUUAAAACCGACUUACACAGAGCAACUCCAAAUAAAAUCAUAUGUGAAGAAGUCGGCUCUGGGGCUCAUAGUGUGGGUGGCCGUGCUGACGACGUGGAUCACAAUAUUCCAGCAUUUCAGAGCCCAGUGGGGUGAGGUGGGAGAUUACCUCUCCUUCACCAUUCCCCUCGGCACAGCCUGAUCACAUCUCCUGCAUUACAAUACCUCUGUUUUUUAUUCUCGCUAUUUUCUCCUGCCAUCAACAAGAUGCUUCUUGGCUAAUUUUACCACUGUCGUCGCAUAGAAGAUAAACUGGAUCUGUCUGGGAGUUGUGGUAUUUUGUGAACUGAUGAAAUAAUUUGUUGAUUGAGUGAGAUAAUAUGGACACAGAUGCACCAUGCUAAAGAACAAGAGUUCAUUUCCAGCACUACUACUACUUCUUAUUUACUCUUCUGUCUUUCUUUAGUUUUAGUUGAGAUGUUUAUGUUAUAUUUGAGAUCACACAUUCAUAUUGUUAACUCUGACCUCUGUCAGUGCAUUGAAAAGUAUGUAUGACAAAAAUUAUCUCCGGACCAGGCAGGUCCAUCCAAAAUAAAGUCUUUGAAUUGUA